GAAGGGGGGGAGGGGACACACUGCAAGAUCCAGGUAUCUCGAUCCGCUACUCCGUAUACCCCGAGGUAUCCUAUCGGCCGAUGCUAUCCUGCAUCCUUCAUCCUCCUGAGUUUUAUUAUGACGUUGCGCCAACCAUCGCGGGCACUUUGUCCCGCAGAGCUAGCACCACCCAAAGAAAACAAAGUCGCCAGAUCGAACGGUUGAACUGGAGCAGACUAUGGGCCCCGGUGGUGAGCAAGUUUCUCACGAUGUUGCAUCAGUCACUGCCCGUUUCCUGCCCUGGCAUCCAGGUGCUGUAUCUGUACGGUAUACCCCUUUGCCUUUUGAGGUCUCAUCUCAUCCAUCUUCGGGGUUUUUUUUCUUGUUGCUUUCCGGGUGGUUAGGUUUAUCUGAUGACUGGUAACCAAUGACCUCCUUGCAGGUGGAUCUGGCAGCUUAACGGUAGCUGGGCAGCCGGGGGCCUCAGAAACGUGUGACUUGAAGCUAACAAACUUACAAACUUAUGUACAAAAAGGUAAACAGGUUAGUCCAUCCAAAGGCUACCAUGACUGAAUGCGGACGGCUCUCUCCACUGGCAGUACACGUGGUGGACCGCAAAUGCAGGGCGGCGGGCGAGCUGCCUCUCGAAUCCCACUAACUGGCAACAUUCCGCUUGUGCAGGUAAAAUGCUUGCACUAUAGGAGGAGACUUUACAUACUUACAUACUUGUACUCCAGUAGGUACAAACAGUACUGUAUCCGUACGUGCUUUCGUUAUAUACCUACGAAAUGGAGACAUGGAGACCUGACAAUGACCAUCGCCGUAUCCGAGUGCGGGCCCGGGGGCCGAAUGAGACGGCUUGGAGAUGCCAAGCUCGUUCACGAUGCAAAAGUUCAUGAUCUCAGAUAGAAGCUCGACUAGACUAGGUAGGUAGGUAUUUACUGACUGAACUGGCUGGUUUUACAUGAUAUCACGCUGGAGAAGCAGAUUGUGAAGAGAUUACACUGCUCGAAGCUCGGGCAAUUUGCCUCGUUGGCCGCAAUAAGAAUUUACGCGCGUGAUUGGAGAUGGAGAUGGUCCACAUACAUAACAUACAUACCUAUGUACGUACAUACCUUCCAGGAAAUAUAGAUCUACGCAUCGGCUCCUGGCAUUGAUGCAAUCUCUGAUUCACAUCCGUUUGACAGGCAUUCCUUCCAGGGCUAAUCGUUGCUUUCCACCCCGAGUUUUUGGAGUUCGCAUAGGUCGUAGAUACGAGGCCCAGGAACCAAACUCUGUCGGCAGUUGGUCAAAGUUUAUAAUGAAAUCUACCGAAUGGGAUCUGCAAAGUGUCUGUCAAUCGCGCUGGUAUCGUCUAAAAGAAAAAGACUUUGAUUAUGAAGGUUCCAACUUCACAUAACGAUGA